AAAGGAAUAUUAAAAUUGUUUUCUCAAAGUAAAAUAACAUGACCUUAAUUUUAAUUUAGGGAUGUUGAAUAUUGGAGUCGUGUAAAAUAAGGGAUAAAAAAGCCUGUGUGGAAGAAGGUGAAUUGAGCAGGUCUGUUUAUAAAUAAGUGACACCAACUUUUAUAGCUUAUUUAACACCAGAGUAGCACUUUGUGUUAAGGAGUGGUGUGAAAGUUUUACGGAUCAGAUUUAUGAUAGGUAGUCAAUAUAAAGCCAUUAGAUAUCUCGGACAGCAAACAAUGUUUGAAUGACUUUUACUGGAUCAUUUAUGCCCACAGUGUAGAAGUGAAACGGUCAAGUAUGACCAGCUCUAGCAGCCAGCGUGCGUUCGGGGAGAAGUUGGUCCCGCACACACGUGUCACUGAUACCAGCCGCAUCAACGACACGUACAUUGUGGGCAAGAAGCUAGGUGAGGGCAGUUUUGGAAAAGUAUACGAGGGCAUUCAUCGUGAGACCGACGAAAAGUGGGCCAUCAAAAGUAUCAACAAGGAAAAGGCCGGAACCAUGGGAUUGAAAUUAAUGGAGCGUGAAGUUUACAUAUUAAAGCGAGUAAAACAUCCAAACAUAAUCGAACUUAAUGAAGUUAUUGAAUCACCACAGCACAUGUUCCUAGUGCUGGAGCUGUGUGAGGGAGGAGAGUUAGCAGAUGCGCUCAAAGUAAAAAACCAUUACGAUGAAAGCAGUGUGAAAACAAUCAUGAAGCAGUUAUCAAGUGCCAUUUCAUAUCUACACAAAAACGACAUUGUACAUAGGGAUAUAAAAUUAGAGAAUAUUUUACUAUGUGGGUGUACCGAAGAUAUAGACAGUCUAGUUAUCAAGGUAACAGAUUUUGGCUUAUCUGUGGUCAAAGGAGGUCAAGGUCAUGACAAUAUGAUGCAGGAUUUUUGUGGAACACCUAUGUAUAUGGCUCCAGAAAUCAUAGAAAACAAAACCUACAGCCAGCAGUGUGAUGUGUGGGCUAUGGGAGUGAUUUGCUAUAUAUUGCUGUGUGGAUCCCCUCCUUUCCCUGCCGUCGAUGAUGAAACACUUGUUGGCUGUAUCAAAAAGGGAGACAUCGAUUUUUCUUUUAAGGAAUGGAAACCAGUGAGCACAGAAGCCCAAAAAUGUAUCCAAGGAAUGUUAACAGUUGACCCUGCCCAUCGACUGUCGGCAGCUGAGGUGCUGGACCAGCCCUGGUUUACUGGAGAGGCUCGAGAUGACAGUGCGCCGCGAAACGUCUUGGAGAUGAUGAAAACCUGGGGUCCUGAGUUAAGGCGAUCCGAGGCUGGGCUAGACAGUUCGAGUUCUGACGAGUCGAGUGCAAUAAACGGUGAAAUGUCCACAAUUUUAUCCAUUGGCAGUGCAGAACACACAGACAUGCCUGAUUCGGUGCCUGAAUCUGAGAUGCAUCAAGAAUCCAAUGUUUCACUCAAGGUAGACCAGUUGCAAACCAGCUCAGCUAGCAAAUCUGAUGUGCGUGAUGGGUCUGGACAUAAGAGACAGAAGCCACGUGAGAACCGAAAAUCAAGUACAAGUCCCAAAUCUGAUUUAGAAUCUGGUCCAAGUCAAAGAGCAUCAGGAGUGAUUCCCAUACCAAAUGAAAACCGAGCACAUUCCAGUUCCACUAGCAAGCUAAUGGGUUUUCGCAGCAAAACUUCGACAACUUCCCUGAAACCAUCUCCUUCCGCAUCUAAAUCCAUUUCUUCGACGAGAAUGCACAGUAGUUUGAAAAAUACAGCAAGCAAGAAGAAGUAGAAAGCUUGUAUUAUUCUAAUGAUGGUUCAAGAAGAAAGCUGGUGGAAUGUAAUUCUCAGAUAGGUACAGUGUGAAAUUCUUCAAGAGAGAUCGUAAUUCUGCAAGAUCAGUUUACCCGUUGUUAUGAUAGUGCCUUAUCUUCGGAGCUGAACCAGUAGCAGGGAUACCAAGAAUUAUUUACUGGUCUAGCAUCAAAACAGAAGUUGGUUAUAGAAUCACAAUUAUAUUUAAUUACCAAAAAAAACCAUGUUCCUCACUUUAAAUGAUUCAGUGAAUAUUUUUACUGCUACAAAAACUGAAGUUUUCUAGGUUUAUAUGCAGAAGAACAUUCACAUGGAUCAAUUCACUGAGAAAAAUAUUUGUUGGCCCACAAAAUGUCUGAUGGCAUUUACAGACCAGAUGAGCUUGAAGCUAUGACAAAAUGUCUGAUGGCAUUUACAGACCAGAUGAGCUUGAAGCUAUGACAAAAUGUCUGAUGGCAUUUACAGACCAGAUUAGCUUGAAGCUAUGACAAAAUUGGAGACAUAGCUCAUGUAGAAACUGGGGAUGGUUGUGAUGUCAAAUGUGAUAUUAUUGGUAUACAAAUAAAAUUAAGGUGGCCUUGCCUUGUUUUAUGUACAAAUGAGGAACACUGAAUGUGACUUCAAAUACAGUAGAUAUGAUUUGUGUGAACGCUGCAUGAAGACAGAAUGAAUCUAGAGGAAACAGCAGACUUCUCUUCAAAAUCUUGAUUACUGGACUUGUGAUAGGAAACAACAGACUUCUCUUCAAAAAAAAGACUGCUGGAAGUCACAGGAAACAACAGACUUCUCUUCAAAAACUAGAUUGUUGGACUUGUCACAGAAAACAACAGACUUCUUUAAAAACUAGAUUGCUGGACUUGUCAUAGGAAACUAGAUUACUGGACUUGUCUUAAAAAAACUGGAUUUCAGACAUGUCAUAGGAAACAACAGAUUUCUUUAAAAACUAGAUUGCUGGACAUGUCAUAAGAAACAACAGACUUCUCUUCAAAUAUUGGAUUGCAAGACUGGUCACAGGAAAAGCUAGAUGGGAACCAUAUUUAGUGAACAGUGUUUUCGUGAUGUGUGAACAGAGACGGGCACAGACAGCCACGUAAACUUGUAAACACAAGUGCAAACAGUCUUGACAUUUUAUAUGAAAGAAGAUUACAUAUCUGCAGUGUAUACUGGUAUCCUUAGCUCAUAACAGUUCCAACUUAAGAGCAUAUAAACUUAUGUCACUAUGCACAAACAAUUAAGUGCCCAAAUAAAAUAAUAACUGCUACAGCCAUAAUUAGUUUUUUUAUUAUAUGCAAAUUAAACUGAACUUAUGCAGGCAUAAUUUGAGUUCCAAAUGAAAACUUCUAAGCUUUAUGGAGGCUUUGAGAUAUCUAUAUAAAUGCAGGGCUCGAACGUAAGAAUUUGUUUCCGACAGUAAUUUUUAAAAGAAUUGCCAUGGGUGAAACUGCUCAUUGAUGGCAAUUUUGAUGGCAUUUUUAAAAAAGUGACAUUGAGGAGCUUUACUGGCGACACUAAAGUGCCAUCGGUGAUGCUCUCUA